AGUCAUUGCUGCAGAAGAGCAACUUCUGUUUUUCUCUGAAAGAAACAAAGCUUUCUUCGUCUUGCCUUGACCAAAAUACAUCGGAGACACACAGGCAUGUCUGCUGCCUACAGUCUCCUCUCUGAAGAACAGUUUCUGUGUUCCAUCUGUCUGGAUGUGUUCUCUCAUCCAGUCACCAUACCUUGUGGACACAACUUCUGCAAAAACUGCAUCACACAACACUGGGACGUUAAUGUCCAAAGCCAGUGUCCCAUGUGUAAAGAUGUCUUUGACAGAAGACCUGAGCUGAGGGUCAACACAUUUAUAUCUGAGAUGGCCGAUGAGUUCAGACGGUCAGCUGUAAAGAAAGCUAGCAGCUGCUCAGCGCAAAAAUAUGCCAACUCAGGAGAAGUUCUAUGUGACGUCUGCACUGAAACCAAACUGAAGGCCCGGAAGUCCUGCCUGGCGUGUCUGGCCUCCUACUGUGAGACUCACCUGGAGCCUCAUCUCAGAAUCCCAGGACUGAAAAGACAUGAGCUGAUCAAUCCUGUGAAGAACCUGGAAGACAGAGUGUGUAAGAAGCAUGAUAGACCUCUGGAGGUGUUCUGUAAGACUGACCAGAUGUGCGUGUGUCUGUUCUGCACUGAGUCAGAGCACAAGGUACAUGUCUUUAUUCCUAUGAAAGAAGAAUAUAAGGCAGAGAAAGCUAAACUGGGGAAGUUAAAAGCGGAAAUUCAGUUGAUGAUCCAAGAGAGACUGCUGAAGAUUCAGCAGAUCAAACAGUCAGUGAAGCUCAGUAAGGAAGAUGCACAGAGAGAGACAGCAGACAGCAUGCAGGUCUUUACUGGUCUGAUCCAGUCUAUUGAGAGAGGUCUGGCUCAGCUCAUUGACAAAAUUGAAGAGAAGCAAAAAACCACAGAGAAACAGGCUGAAGGCUUCAUCAUAGAGCUAGAAGAGGAAAUAUCUGAGUUGAUAAAGAGAAGUGCUGAAGUGGAGCAGCUCUCAAACACCGAAGACCACCUCCAGCUCCUCCAAAGCUUCCCAUCCCUGAACACAGCCCCACCCACCAAAGACUGGACAGAGGUCAGAGUUCACUCAUCAUAUGAGGGGACUGUAAGGAGAGCUGUGGCUCAGCUGCAGGAGACCCUCAGUAAAGAGAUGGAGAAGCUGUGUGCUGAAAUCGAGUUGAAGAGGGUCCAGCAGUUUGCGGUGGAUGUGACUCUUGAUCCUGACACUGCCAGUCCCUUUCUCAUCCUGUCUGAUGAUGAGAAACAAGUAAAGUCUGAUGUGAUUCAAAGGAAUGUCCCUGACAACCCACAGAGAUUUUCCUUUUGUAAUGGUGUUUUAGGAAGGCACAGUUUCUCUUCAGGCAGAUUUUACUAUGAAGUUAACGUUAGCAAGAAGACUGAGUGGGAUUUAGGAGUGGCCAAAGAAUCGGUAAUUAGGGAAGGAAAAAUCAGGUUGUCCCCUAAGAAUGGCUUUUGGACUGUAUGGUUGAGAAAGGGAACUGAGUACAAAGCUCUUGCUGGUCCUGGUGUCCUUCUCUCUCUAAAGUCGAAGCCUGAGAAGGUGGGGGUGUUUGUGGAUUAUGAGGAGGGUCUGGUCUCCUUUUAUGAUGUAGAUUCUGCAGCUCUCAUCUACUCCUUUACUGGCUGUAACUUCACUGAGAAACUCUACCCAUACUUCAGUCCCUGUGGUCUUGUUGAUGGUAUAAAUGCUGCGCCACUGAUCAUUCUCCCUCUGUGCCACACAAAUUAAACUUACCAUUUGAUUUCCUCUGGAAAUAUUAACCAGAUUGCCUGUGGUACUUUACUUUACUGCUCUGCAAACCCUGUUUGUAUAAUCAAGUGUCACAGCUUAAUUUGUUAAAGGAAUGUAUAACUGUUCAUAGGUUUUAGGUGGAUGUUUUCCAGAGAAUAGCAUUGUUUCAAAAACACCAAAUUUGGUACUGUAGGGAUUCUGUCAAUAUUGUCUUUUCAACAUUAUGAUAUGAAUAAGCGGUUAGCUUGCUGUUGCCAAAAAGUAUGUAGUAUUGCAUCCAGUCAAGACUGGUAAAUACCUAACCCUGUUAGACUGCUUUGGGCAAUGAUAAUGCUGUGUGGUCAUAGCAUUUAACAUUAAUGGGAGAAGACUGGGAUGAAACAGUGUAUUUGUCUGUAUUCUGCGUGUCUUAUGUAAACAUUUUUUUUGUGUUCACACAGCUUUCACAUAGACAUGGCGGACUGAUUUUAAAAGACAGUGUUAGAUCUGCAGAUUUUUCUAAUACAAGUUGGACAUUUAUACACAUGACCUUGUAACCCCCAAACAGAUAUCUCUGCUAUAACUAUAACUGAACUCAAGCACAGGUACACGUGAAUAAAAUGCGGCCAUUAUGAAUA